AUGUCAGAACAGACUGCAGAACUAGCAAGUCACUCGAUGUCAUUACAACUAUGUCGUGCUGCUCGUGCAAUAAUUGAGGAUUUCAACUCACUACUUGGUGUUCUUUCAUCCAAUCAAUUUACUACAGAAUCCAAAAUCCUUCCACACUCGACAAUUGGCAAACACAUUCGACAUGCACUCGAUCACUUUCUACUGCUAUUAGCUGGAUUGCAAGACCUACUGGAUACACGCAGAUCAAAUUGCAUCGAUGUAACCAUCGAUUAUGACCAUCGUCAACGGUUGACUUUGCUAGAGACAGAUCCAAAGGCUGCACAGACAGAAUUUGCCCGUAUCUGUGGUAAACUAGAAGAUGCCCUUCUGUACUUGGACAUGAAUACGUCUGUCUGUGUGCUGGCAACUACUGAAGUAUCAGGUCUGCCUAUUAAAUUAGCUUCUAGCAUGGGCCGUGAAGUGUGGUUUCUUGACUUAAGCCAGCAUGGAUUCGUCGACUUUCAUCCUUUAUUCCCUCAGUCUAUAACUCCAGCAUUGGCGUUUCUAUUUUUGAUUGUAUCCUUCUUGUCAGCAUCCAUAUUUUUCAUCAAGCAAGUCGGAACAAACAAGUAUUCUCGGAAUAUAUGUCAAGAGAUCUUGUUUGCCGUGAUAGGAUCGCUUUCCUUUGGAUUUGGGCUUGUAUUUAUGUUUCUUGCCGUUGGGAUUUACGUAUAG